AUGAGGCUGACGUGGCCACAACAUAAGGGGCGGGACAAGGAGGAGAGCAGGAGGAAGAGCCGAGACGACAGAGAGGAAGACAGGCGCAAGAAGAAGAAGAGUAAGCACAGCGACAGGGACAAAGGCAAAGAGAGGGGUUCGAAGGAGAGACAUUCCAAGGAGAAGGAGAAGAGUAAGCGGAAAUACAAGGAUGCUGGGUUUAAAGAAAUAUCCAAAGAUGACUACUUUGCGAAGAACAAUGAAUUUGCAACUUGGCUGAAGGAAGAAAAAGGAAAAUAUUUCUCAGAUCUUUCUUCAGAGUCUGCUUGUGAUCUGUUCCUAAAGUUUGUGAAAGAACGGAACAAAGGAAAGCUGCCGUCACAAUACUACGAGGGGAUUACAAGCGGCCCACGAUCAGCACACAAUUGGAACAUCAAAGCAUGA